AGAGAGCGAAAACUAGUGGCGGAGAGGGAGGGGGGAAGAGAGAGAGGACGAGAAAGGGACAUGGGGUCCCGUAUACGCUCGUUUCUGCAGAAGAAGACGAAGAGGAGAGGGUGGGGGGGUAUUGGUACGGGAACCGCGCGGGCAGUGCACGCGCAGCCGCCGGGACGCGCGCAUCCCGUGUGCAUUCGCGCUCUUCCAACGUCGCAGGAGGAGCCCGCGAAAUCUCGAUUAACUCGGCACUGUGCAACGUGCCUCGCGACCGUGGUGAUCAUCCUACGAUAUACCAUUAUCGUGAGUUAUAUGUUUUUCUUCGUCCAUAGUAUAUAAUUUUUUAAUUCGCAUCACCGCCAUAAUGACGAAACGAACCAUCUGCGACGACGAUUUGCGCAACGACGUGAAGUUGACAGCGGAGUUCGAGACCGGCCGGUACUCGAUAGAUUUCUCGAAAGUCGAUCGCGAUAAUCGCAAUGGAAAUUGUUGCGUAACAGUAGUUGUUGUUUAAUUACACGAAUUCGUAGAAUCCUCGAAGCUAGAUAAUUCUCGGUAUCGUAAUAUUAUGUCGCAAUUAAUUUUCGUUCGCUGUGAAAGGUAAACAAAAACAUAGUUCGGUACCGUACAUUCUUUCGAAGGACAUAACGUUCAGUGUGUAUCGUGACUUCGGUGGAUUCGGUCGUGUACGAACGAGUGGCGCGAUAUCGUUAUGAAAAUAAUCGAAUCGUGAUUUCGUCGUGAAUUUUUUCUUUACCAUGUGUUUUUUAUUGCGCGUUACACCGAGUUGAGAGAAAGAGAAAGAGUUAUACGUUAUUUCAGGCGUGGAUAAUCGUGGCGAGUGAAUAAUACGCGAGUGUUGCGAAGCAUUUUCGUCAAAGCGUCACGUCGUAGUAAACGAAUCGUCGUUCUUCGCGUCGAAAAGGUGAUUAUUUUUUUUUUUCGGGCGUGAAGAAUUUUGAGGAAUUAACGAUCGCGAAUUCGAGAAUGCGCUAGUGGAACCGGUUAUAUCGUGGGAACCGUGGCAAAGGGCAGGUCCCGAUAGAAGGAAGGAAUCGAAAUAUUUCGAAAUUCGUUCGUGUCGAGGAUCGCCGGUCGUUCUCGCGCGGCGAUGACGCGGAAGGGGGCGCAACAGGAAUUUGACGGUUGUGUAUGAAGUGUGACGGUAAAGUGCAAUCGAACAGGUGCAUCGAAACGAAGCGCGGCGGACAACGAUGAAUCAUUGGAGGGUGACAUUUCUUCGCGCUGAGUAACUGCAUCGUUCGUCUUCUACAAUCGGAACGACAUGGACGUACGGACAGAGAGGCCUCGAACGGCUGGCCGGAUAGCACCGACCGGACGCGUUACCCCGACCAUACAUCAAACAGGUGGAGGAAGAAGAAAAGCGAUACCGGUCCCGCCGCCGAGGGUGCCGACCCCCAUGCCCACCGCCAACAAUAAUCAACAAAAAAACAAUGCGAACGUGGACGCCCCGGCCGCGGUACCCCCUCAGAAGAAAGAGCCGCACGAGAACAUCGCCCGAAUAGCGAAGCGGUAUCUCGACGAUAACAUGCAGCAGGCGUGGAUCAAUCCUCGUCUAAUAUCGAUGAUAAACAUGGAGGCCGUCACGUCCACCGACUACGACUCGUCGAAUCUGAGCAGAAACUUCAAUCAGGUGGGGUUCAACACCUACAACUACUCCCAGUUCGAGGAGAAGUACAAGCCGCGGCAAGUGUUCAAGUACGGGGACGAGUAUCUGGAGUACGGUCGGAACUCGGUCAGGUUGGGGCCGAACGAGAGGCUGGCGAGAUUAUCGUCCGCGAGGCAUCAAGAGGUUGCGGGGAAGAUCGAUCAGAGGUACGCGAGGAGUCACUCGCAGCCCGAGCGACAACACCAUUCGACCCACGAGACGCGCUCCAAGUCCCAAGAUUCCCGCGAAUUGACCUUCUAUCAGAUCGAUCCGCCAGUUCCCAGACCGGAGAACGUCCACUCGAAGACGCAUCGCGGUGUCGCGGUGGAGAAGGGUCAGGGCAAAAAGGAGUUGACCUUCUACGAGAUCGAUGGGCCCCCGUCGCAAGAAAAGGCGGCGAAAGACGGCAAGUCGGAGGGAGGGGGAGGGGGAGGGGGAGGAGGGAAGGACAAAAGCGAGAAAGGGACGCAGAGGGACAAGGCGCACGCCGGCGGUGUCCAGGAGAAGUCCACGCCGUGCCCUUCGAAACACCCGAAACAGGAGCAGAGGGCGAUCGCGCCACCCAAUUACCAGCUAAACAGGUCCCAGUCCGAUCUGACCGAUUGUCAAUUGCCCAAUUAUUACAGGCAUCGGAACAAUCCUUACAUCGAUCCGCCCAAGUACAGGCAAUUCGACAGGCCGCCGAGGUAUCAGGAAACGCCACCCAGAUCCACCGAGCCACCGCCAAAGUACUCGGAAGUGGCUAGACGUCAGGACGACUACAAACGCGUCCAGGAGGAGAGGGGCAAGCGGCAAGGUGGUGGUGGAGGAGGAGGAGGAGGAGGAGGGAGCCUGGUAGUAGGCAUCGGUAGCGGUGGUGGCAACGGCGGCGGCGGCGGCGGCGGCGGUGGUGGUAGUAACUCCAGCAGGGGAACUCAUGGCGCCGAGACGCCCUCUAAUCUGGCCAGUAUCACGCCAACCGCGCGAGAAGCAACACGCGCUCCUUCGUCGCGGUCGCGGCUCCCCUACAAGUCGUGCGACACGCGUUGCCCCAACAACAACAACAACAACAACAACCUCGCAACCUCCACCAACAACAAUAACAACAACAACAUCAACAACAACAACAGCGGCGGCGGCAACUCGAACAAAGAGGAAGCGUAUCAGGAUGCGAGCGAGGAGGGCGAGGUGAUAUCCGGUGGUUUCAGGUGUCACGGGGAUUUUUCGAAAGCGACGUCGUUCCAUCACCACCACCACCACCACCACCAUCAUCAUCAUCAGAAUCGGUGCUCGAGCAUCGGUGUCGGAGGCGGUGGCGGUUGCGGUGGCGGGUUGGUUGCCGGUAAUGCCUGCCAAAGUGGUUCCGGAGUGCCGUGCGAUCCGUCGACGUGCGACAGGUACAAGGGUGCCGUGGAUUGCUUGCUGAAGGCCAGCGAGGCGGUGCAAGGUCGUCUGUGCGACAGAUCGAUGUUGAAGAUCGAGAAAGGUUCGAGCAAAGCGGUCGUCCACGGCAUCGAGGGGGUGGUGGUGGUGGGGAAGUGCGGUGGGGAUAGGAUGAAAUCGGGGCAGGAACUCGGUUACGGGAAGCACGGGGAGCAGGUGGGCGGCAAGUCGAAGGGCCACGAUGUCGGUCACGGGUUCAAGGUGGAGAACAUGAAAUACUACGGCGAAUUGAAGGGCUACGACUUGAAAUCUUACGGGACCAUCGACAAGCCGGGUGUCGUGGUCUCUGCCCACGAGAAGUCUCACUUGCACGGGGCGGAGAAGAACGGUCACGAGAAGUGUCACUCGAAAGUGUCCUGCUCCUCCUCCUCCCCCUGCUCGUCCGCGAUGCAGAGUUACGGCCUGUCCAAGGUCGGCGGCGGUGAACGUCCAGCCGAGAAGAGCGUGUACGCCGAUCACUAUUAUCACCGAUCGUCGCACUCGAAGCCGCAAACCGCGUAUCAAGUGUACCAGGAGACCAAGUACUCGUACAACGUGAGCGGGGUACCGGGGACGCCGGCGCAGGCGAGCGCAGCCGCAGCUUUCUUCGCAAGAGCGGCCCAAAAGUUAAACCUCUCGUCGAGCCCGCACCGUCGACGUCGCUCGGGCGACGAGAACAUCGGUUCCGACGAGCAACCGAUCUUUCCCAAUGGAUACGCCGCCCUUCUUCUCAAAUCUCCGCCACCCGCGCCACCUGCUCUCCUGCGGAGGAUAGGCGUCAAGGAGCUCACCGGAGUCGGCAAGGUAAAGGUAAUGCUGAAGGUGUCACCGGGGGAAGGUGGAAGUUUCUUCAACGCCGACAAGAGAAAGAAACAGGUGACGUUGGUCGAUCCGACAGCUGGGCAAUCUUCUUCGGCGGACGAUCGCAGGCCGACCGUGGCAGCGCCGAAAAUGUUCGCCUUCGACGCGAUAUUCACCGAGGAGGAUUCCCAGACCGAGAUCUGCUCGAGUGCUCUGACGGACGUGAUCCACGCGGUCAUCAACGGAACGGACGGCUGCCUCUUCUGCUUCGGGCACGCGGGAUUAGGGAAAUCUCACACGAUGCUGGGUACGCCGGAAGCAGGGCACACUCUAGGAGCGAUCCCCUGCGCGAUCGCCUGGCUGUUUCGAGGAAUAUCCGAGCAGAGGCAGAGGACGGGAGCCAGAUUCAGUGUCAGGGUCAGUUGCGUGGAAUUAACCACCGGUCAACAGCAGCUCAGGGAUCUCCUCGCGGCUCACGCUAACGAUUCGGAGCAGUCGCCGGCCGUGUACUUGAGGGACGACCCACUGUUCGGGAGCCUGCAGCUGCAGCAGCACAGCGAGCUUCGUGCGCCGACUGCGGAACGUGCCGCCUUCUAUUUGGACGCUGCGGUCGCGGGCCGACAACGAGAGGACGGCGACGCGCACAUGCUCUACACCCUCCACGUUUAUCAGUACAGCGUCGCGGGCAAAGGUGGAGUGGCUGGAGGGAGAAGCAGGCUCCACCUGAUGGACUUGGGUAAUUCGGACCGCGGCAAGUCCUCGGGGGGGAUCCCGUUGUCGGGGCUUGGAAACAUCCUGCUGGCGAUCUUCAACGGGCAGAAGCAUCUCCCGUACAAGGAGCACAAGCUGACCCAAUUGCUGAAGGAGUGUCUCGGCUCGUUGACGUGCCACGCCGCUAUGAUCGCCCACGUGUCCCCCAACGCUCAACACUACACGGAGACGUUGACCACCGUGCAACUGGCGUCCCGAAUUCAUCGGAUGAGGCGGAGGAAGAUCAAGUUCGUGGGUGGGGGCGCGCAGGGGGCGGGGAGCGGGGGGAGUUCCGGGGAGGAGGCGGCCAGGCAGAACAGCGAGUGCGAUCCGAGCUCGAGCGACCUAUCGGCGGACACGGUGAUCUACGUGGGGCCCAGCACCGACGACGCCACGGACGGGGAACAUCCCCCCGUCUACAUACCCAGCCUUAACUCCGGGGACAAUCGUUGCGCGAUGGGGAGGGUGUUGAGGGGAUCCGCGGCCGAGAGGCCUUGCAAGAUACCCGAGGAGAGGAGCCCGGUUCACAAGUCGACCAAGGCUGUGAAAACGUUGACGCAGACAGCCUCGAAGCAGACGUCCCCCGCCCAUACCGCCACUCCCAAGGCCAGCCCGGCGAGGAAGAGCUCGUCGGCCAAGAUUCUCCUCCCUUCGUCCAAGGUGAACGACUCGCCCGGGAGCAAGAUCCCGGUGGCUGCGCCCAGCGGUGGCUCGGACGAGCAGUGGAUAGACGGUCCGAGGAUCUCCAAGUCGAAGGUCGCCGAGGCUAGGCACAUGCUCAAGGAUCCUCACCACAAGAGGGAGACGUGGAUCGACGGGCCGAUGCAGUUGACCGGGCCGCCCACCUUGCAGCUACACGCUCAGCAACAUUCCUCCGGUUACGGGUUCAUGGACAGCCACAAGAAGAGCAUGAUCAGGAAAUGGGUGGAGAAUCAGGCGUCGCAGAUUCAGAAGAGCAGGCACGCCGCGGCGAGGAUCGAGGCCUCCAAGUCCGUGUCAGGCCAGUCGUCCGCCCAGUUCAAGGAACUGACCACGUUCAAGACGUGCUCGGGCAUGGACGACGACGACACCUCGUUGUCCACGGUCGAGAGCGACAGCCUGAAGGCGAACGAGAUCGAGGACAUUACCGAGAAACUGGGCGCCAAGCUGAAUCUUCUCAACGUGAAGUCGAACACGGAUUCGGGCCUCGAUCUGACGGCCAGCCCCGUGAUGGACGACAGCGUGGACAAAGGGAAGUUGGAUCUCCAGGAGGACGAGGACGAUGACGAGGAAAUCGUGGUGCCUCCCCCGUUGCCUCUGAUCGAGCCGCUGAGCAACGGGGUGAGCAGGGAGGUCUCGAUGGAGAGCCUCAACUUGUCGCACAAGGACAUCGUGUUGCCCUCCAGGCAUUCGCUGUCCUCCGAGGACGAGAUCUUGGAGAUCGUCGAGGUCGAGGAUCUGGAGCCCGUCCCCAUGCAGGACUCGUGUCUCCAGGUGACCGAGGAGGACAUCGCCUUGUGCAUGGGGGAGAAUCCUUUGCCCGAGAGCGAUCAGGAAGAGCAUCCUUUGAGAAUUCUCAGCCAGGAGAAUCUUACCGUCGUAUCCACGUUCACCGACUCGAUGUCGGUGAUGUCGGACACGGAACGGUACAGACCGCAGUAUCCGCCUCCGGUCGGCGCAGGUGUCCUGCCCAGGCCGUAUUUCGACCACGAGGACUUCCUCGAGCAAGAGACCAGGCACAAGUUCGACCAAUUGGCCCGGCUCCACGAGCUCUACCAAAGCAAACUGGCGCUGGCCAACGUUUCCAACUCGGUCACCUAUCAAAGGGAGAACUCAUCGAACGCGAACGUCAGAGAAACUCCAUCCGCCCCCGUCUUCCGUCCGCCGUCGCGAUGUCAAUCCUUGUCCCUGUCGGACGUGAUGUUCAACGACAACGCGAGCAACCACGGCAGCAUCUACAGCGAGCCGGCGUACAUAGCCGGCAAGUCUGAUCAGGAGAAGAUCUGCGACAAUUGUCGUCAGAGCAUGGCGAGGCCGGCCACUGCCUCCUACUGGUAUCCGAACAGCGUUGCGCACAUAGCCAGCCCCAGAAGGUACUGCGGCAAGCUUGGCGAUUGCAACAUCUCGAGUCUGAGGCAUCCGGACGGUGCCUCGAACCCUAAUCUGAAGGAAGAGGUGGAGAGGCUGCCGGGAAACGGUGCCUCCGGCUCGGACCCGGAGGAAGAGUACGUCGAGGCGAAGAAAUUGUUCACGGCGGCGGAGAGGUCCGAGAGGACCGUGACCGGCAAGUCGGACAUCGAGGAGGAGCUGAACGGCAAGAUUCAAGCAACGGCACCGCUGCAGUUGUCCAUCCCGUCACCGGCCCCAUCCUCGGGCCGAAUGCAGCGUAAAAUUACGAGUCUCGGCUCCUCGAUGGGUUUGAACAAGGAGGGAUACGAUUCUGGGGCGGACUCGACGCCACGGGCAGCGAAACUCUCGCCAGCCACUCUGUCCAGGCAUCGCGCGGAGAGUUCUGGCUACGACAGCAUCGUCAGGGACAGCGAGACCAGCAGCAUCGCCAGCGACUCGUCCAGGCAUACGGGAGCGCUUCAAGAGCACCAAGGUACGGUGGAACAGCGGGUGGCAGAGUGCGGGCUUCGGUCACGGGGCCAGUGCCGGGCCCAUCUGCCACGACCGCCAUCCGCGGCCCCGGGGAUACUCGCGUACACAAGCGAGGACGUGGACAUCCUGGACAGGCGCGCGCGGUUGCGCUCGGAUCCACGUGGCACGAUGUCCAGGAUACACAACCUGCGACUACGGCAGCGCCUUCUUAGGCUCGAGCUGCGCGACGCUAAAAGACGCCUCAUGGUGCCCGACUCUCGCUGGACCUACGAUCUUCACGUGGAGGAGAGUAUGGACUGGCGAGAUCCGUCGUUCCUUGAAGCGCUCGAGGCCGAGACGUGUAUCCUGCAGAAGCGCGUGCACGCGUGCAAGAGUCACGUCCUGUUGAUCACCUGCUUCGACUCCUGCCCGCGGCAAUCGUAUUCGAGACAGGCGGAAACAUCCACGGGGAUCCGGAUCACCUAACCUAGAUUUGGAUCAGCGCGCGCGACAGCGUGCUGAUCGUCAACGCGGAUCGCAGUGUGAACGAUUAGAGAGAGAGAGAGAGAGAGAGAGAGAGAGAGAGAGAGAGAAACGAGACGAGCGAGGUCGGUGAUGGGAGGAGGAGAAUGGGAAUCUUUUUUCUCACGAUGUCGCUCGACUCCGUCCAAUAGUUGUUAAAUGACAAGUUUAGUCGUGUAUCGUGAUCGUCGUCGCCAUUGUUACGCACGUCUAAAUAAAUCGUUCGUAAGGAAGUUUUUCAUUCCCUUUUGCCGAGAUGGAUAAAGCGUCGUCCGCGUUUAAGCCGUGAAUUUGUGUCACCUUUUUUCGGAUUCGGAAGAAAUUCGUUCCUUCCUUUGCGUCUCGAUCGCGACUCGGAAUUCAAGGUUUCUCGAAGGCGAUGAUAAAUAAGACGUUUGCCGGCGAGGUUAAAAAAAGGAUCGUUGGCCGAGAUAGCGCGAGACGCAUACUUGUCGACACUGAAAUAAUUUAGCAAGUUGGUGCUGCAUUUUUUAUACCGAUCGAUCGUCGACGACUCGACUCGUAGGGAAAAUUCAACCGGAUCACCGGUUUCUGCACUUCGAAUUCGAAAUCGACCGGAUCGUCGAGGAAAUACGAUGUUUCGAGAUUAGAUGAUAAUUGCUCUGAUGCUACUUUGGUGGGCCAAGUUUCGAGAACAGCGCCAAUACGAGUAGAGCGAGCAAACUUUACGUCGAAGAAUCGUGUCGUGCGUGCUUGGUCGAUCAAGAUUCGAGUAUCGAAUUCCUCUGGAAAAAGAAAGAGAAAAAAAACAAACAAAACGAAUGCAACGGAGGAUGCUCGAAUCCUCGAUCGACGAUUUCGGUACCGAAAUUUAAAUCGAAUAGAUUCCUGUGGAAUUCGCACCGAAUUCGUAAAAAAAAGAAAGAAAGAAAGAAAGAAAGAAAGGAAAAAAAAAAUAAAUAAAUUGAUACGAAUUUGAAAGAACGAAGAAGCGACGGACAGUGCAAGAUAAAAAGAAAUAGAUAGAGACAAAUAUACGUAAAUAUAAUACCGCUAAAAGAUGGUAACCAGGCGAGAAUAUCGGCGAAAGGAAGAUACGAGAAAAUCCUUUCGUAUACGGCAAAUACGAUAAACGCGAUAAGACUCGACGGGGAAGAGACGGCGAGAUGAAGCGCGUCGUAGUCAUUGUAUUUAAUGCACGCACGUUAAUUCAAGAAUAUUAUCGUAGCUUUAAUCGUUAUCAACAGUUACCGCACUUCGUAGGGCUCUGUAAUUCACUUUUAGAAGCGAAGAUGAGAACCGAAGAUGGGAAUGCGAGCGAGCGAGCGAGCGAGAGCGAGAGGAAAGGACGACGAAACGAAAGGGAUGAGAUAACGAAUGGGAGAAAGUAAUCGGAGAAAAAAGGAUGCUGCGAGGAGCAUCGCUUUUCCACGGUAAACGUAUUCGUAAUCGUAAAAAAAAGGUUGCUCGGUGCGCGAGGUGUGCCCUCUCUCCUCCUCGAAUGGAAGAGCGAGAGGCGGCUCGUGGCGCGAACGACGGAGAAGAGGGGCAGAGAGCACGGGAUGGAAUACGCGAAGUUUAAGCGCGAGAAUCUCGCAUAGAGUCGAGGCGUGGGCGUGGGUGUAGAGCGUGGAAGGAAGAGGGGGAUGGAACCGCGGAGAAUGAAAAUAGACCGGAUGAAAAUAAAUCCGGGAAUGCCGGUAAUGCGCCGCCGAGAAACAGAGAUAUCCAAGCUUUUCGAACCGUGGCCACCAUCGAUAUCGGUGGAAAACCGUCCGCGCCUUUGUCGCUCGACGUCAUUCGCCCUCGUCGUUCAGCCUUGGAUCGCUGAAUACCAAGCUGAGAGACCUUAAUUCCCUUACGCGUGCGAUCAUACAAAAUUCAUCUGUACUCUUGGUCGUCCACGAAUAUCGUCGAAUCGUGUCAUUCAGUGUCGUCGCACGUUUAAAUAACCAUUGCCAACAAGAGAGCGGAUCGCGAUAAUCCAAUUUAACUUCGUGACGAUUUCGACGAUUCGAGCGAGACGAGGGUGCACGCUGGUCACCGAGCAACGCAGGAUCUAACCGAUCCCCGUUAGUUGCAGAGAAUCGUUCUCGAAGCUACCGGACCGAUCGAUCGUUAAGCGAUCGAGAUUCCUGUGUCGUUGUCCGUUUGUUAAACGAACCCGUACGCUAUUCGUCCAUGUUUCCAGACUGUUCUUAACCCGCCACCGCCGAGUGCACACGCGCCAUCUUCACGAUCUCCGCCUUUCUUUCCGGUUUAGCUUCGACCCGAACUCGUCCCGCGACCGAUUCACAGACGCAACGCUCAAAUUCAACAAAUACGCACGACGAUCUUUCUUCCCCUUUCCCGAAACAGCGUCCCAACUUAUCCCAACGUUUAUCCUGUUCACCGUCAUUUCCGUUUUUUUUCUUUUUUUUUUUUUUUUUACGUUUUAGGAAAACGCGUCACUCCGUCUACCGUGAAACACGACUGGUGAACGAUUCAACCGGUAAAGUAAAAUAGCGAUUAACGAUUAAGGAUUGAUCGACCUCCGCAUCAUCCUCCGCUCGAGGAAGCGAACGUUACGAGAAUUAUACACACACACACACACACGUACAUAUACACAUGCGCGCGCACAUACCUAACAGGAAACGUACGUACACGAGAACCCACCACACACGUAAAAAAGGAAAAAAAAAAAAGAAACCACACGCGUCUACUGUACCAUAAUACUUGUACCAUAUUUAUAUUUUAUAUGUACAAAUUAGUCAUGUAAUUUCUUGUAAUAAAGAUCAAUUUACAACGUGUAUAAAAUCGUAA